GUGAGAAAAACUUUGUAGUAGAUAGUGUUCAUAGUGUUAAUCGUGUGUUUUUUUUAUUUAUUAGGUUUUUGUUACUUAAAUAAACAUUAAUCUUUUAUAAACAUGAUAAUUCUUAAGAGUUAAUAUUAUUUUGAAAAACGUCAAUAUACUAAUUCACGAGUUUAACAAUAUGGGAAGACUAUGGAUGUUGUUUUUAAUUGCACUGUUUCAUUUGUUUGUGUUAACUGAAAGUUCACGUGUUACGGUAUAUCAAGGAGAUACACUACCUCAUCAUGGAAGAUGUGAACCAAUAACGAUACCUUUCUGCCAACAAAUAAGAUACAAUCAAACGAUUUUUCCCAAUUUACUAAACCACGCUAGACAAGAGGAGGCAGACCUGGCAGUUCGACAGUUUACUCCUUUCAUAAAAGUAAAUUGUUCACCGGACCUAAAAUUCUUCUUAUGUUCUGUAUAUGCCCCGGUGUGUACAAUUUUAAACACUCCCAUACCGCCUUGUCGUCAUUUGUGUGAAUCGGCAAAACAAAAUUGCUAUAAGCUCAUUGUGAGCUUUUCCUCUCCAUGGCCGAAAGAAUUAGAGUGCUCAAAUUUUCCUGAAGUAACAGGUGAAAAUGUUAUUUGCGUUGGAGAUAACAAUGUCACUCAUGAAUCUCGGAAACCACCAGAAAAUAAACUACCAAAAGUAGAUUACAAGUAUAACUAUGACAGAGACCCGACAAAAUUACAAGGAGCAAAAGAUUAUGGGUUUGUUUGUCCUGUUCAGUUCAAAAUUCCUAAAAGUCUAGAUUUGGAAUAUUCUCUGAAAGUUGGCUCAAAAGUUGAAUCUGAUUGUGGAGCCCCGUGUAAUGGAAUGUUUUUUAGUGAAGAUGAAAAAAAUUUUGCCAGAUUAUGGAUAGGCACAUGGGCCACAUUAUGUACCGUUAGCUGCCUUUUCACUGUCCUGACCUUCCUAAUAGACACAGACAGGUUCCGGUACCCUGAGAGACCAAUAAUAUUUCUGUCAGUAUGCUAUUUAAUGGUUGCUGCAGCCUAUGUAAUGGGAUGGAGUUCAGGAGAUACUGUGAGUUGUCAGGGCCCAUUUCCUUUAACAGUGAGCGGUACCAGAUUACCAAACACUUCAGUAAUAACACAAGGAACAAAACAUGAACCAUGCACAAUCCUCUUUAUGGUAGUAUAUUUCUUCAGUAUGGCAUCAAGUAUUUGGUGGGUAAUAUUAACCCUCACGUGGUUCUUAGCAGCUGGACUUAAGUGGGGUCAUGAAGCCAUUGAAGCCAAUUCUCAGUAUUUUCAUUUAGCAGCAUGGGCAGUGCCUGCUAUUAAAACAAUUUCAAUUUUAGCUAUGGGAAAAGUAGAUGGUGAUGUUUUAUCUGGUGUAUGCUAUGUUGGACUAUGGGAUUCUGAAGCUCUACGAGGAUUUGUUUUGGCACCAUUAUGUGUUUAUCUUGUUUUAGGAACAAUUUUCUUGUUUGCUGGUUUUGUUUCUCUAUUUAGAAUAAGAACUGUCAUGAAGCAUGAUGGUACUAAAACUGACAAAUUAGAAAAAUUAAUGAUUCGUAUUGGCAUAUUUGGAGUUUUGUAUACAGUACCAGCAUUGAUUGUCAUUGCAUGUUUAUUUUAUGAACAGGUACAUUUUGAUAGUUGGAUGUUGACAUGGCAUCGUGAUAUGUGUUCCAAGCCUGUAUAUUCUAUUCCUUGUCCAUUUACACCCCAUGAAGUAGACAGGCCAAAAUUUGAAAUGUUCAUGAUAAAGUACCUCAUGACAAUGAUAGUUGGGAUUACUUCAAGUUUUUGGAUUUGGUCUGGCAAAACCUUAGUAUCUUGGCGUCAAUUUUUUGAUAAAAUAAAAGGUAGACGAGUGGAGGCUUAUGUAUGAUAAGGAGAGGCAUUUUUCUUUUAUUAUGCUGGACUCAAUGGUGAUAUGAUCAAACAAAACUGUUGUGAUGUUUAUAUGAUUACUAAAGUAUUAACUUAUGGCACCAGUAUUGUUUUGACUUAUAUUCAUUUUUUAAAAGCUUAAGUCAAUAUUUUUUAAGUAAUGAAAUGAUAACAAGAAGUCCUUCCAUUUGUUAUUACAUGGUACAACAUUUUACAAUGUUUUUUUUUUUAUUUUAUAAACAAUUUUUUUGUAUGUUUAUUCUCUAUAACAUCUACAAAUCAUUUGACAUGGGCCAUAUUUAUUUUUUUAUACUAUUUUUUACUCUUAUUUUAAGAAAUCUUGAGAUUAAUGAUAAGGCUGAUUGUGUACAUAUUCAUGAACUUUUGUUUCUCAACUGUUAGUAAUGUAAGUACCCUAGGUAUUAAAAAAACUUAAUAAACUUAUUUUCAUGACA